AUGGAUUGGAUAAGUGAGUUGCCUGAUGCUCUACUCUUGACAACAUUGUUUUUACUGCCUUGUGCUAAAGAUGUUGCCGACACAAUGGUUUUGUCAAAACGAUGGCAGUUUCUUUGGAUGCAUGUGCCAAAGCUCGUAUACGAUGAUAGAAAAAUUGCGCGUGGAAGGUUUAUAACCUUUGUAUUCAGUUCUUUGCUUAGGCGCGAGGGUCCACAAGCUUUGCAUUUCAAGCUUGUUCGAAACUAUUGUGAUAUAGGAUUCUCGCUUUAUAGUUGGGUAUGGACACAUUUGCGUGAGCUGAUUAUCGAGAUUGAUUCCUCAUCUAGCAUCAAAUCUCAAGUCACGCUUUCUACGAGAUGCAGAAUGCUUGUGACAUUGAAACUAAGAUUUGUCAAGAGGUUCCUAUCCAAUUGUCAUGUUCUUGAAGACUUGCAUGUUGAACAAUGUCGAGAUGACAAUGUUACCAUUUUCACCGUUAUAGUGCCUUCUCUAAAGAGUUUGUCCUUGCAUACAGUAGGCAGAUAUAUAAUAAAUGAUAAAGAAGGGUUUGUGAUAGAUGCUCCUUCUUUAGAGUGCUUGACCAUUUCUGAUGAGAGCGGUGGGUUUUGUAUCAUUGAAAAUGAUCUACCUAAGAUUGUAACGGCGAGUUUGAGCCUCUGGUACGUGGAUCCUUGGAAGAUUCUUGGUUCUAUUACUUCAGUCAAGCGUCUAGAUUUAUGUCUUGCAUGUACAGAGAAUGCUUAUCAUGUUGGUUGUGUCUUCAAGAGUCUUGAACGUUUAAAGAUAUGCACAUGUGACGAAAAGUGGUUGAAUCUACUAAUGUGUCUGCUAAGAGAUUCCCCUAACUUAAAAGCUCUAAGAAUUGAAGAGUGCCAUGAAGCUUGCGAUGACGCGUGCUGGAACGAACCGAGCUCAGUUCCUAAAUGCGUGUUAUCGAGUCUUGAAACUCUCGAAUGGGUUAAAUAUAAAGGAGCAAAAGAAGAGAAGGAGCUUGUGGCAUAUAUCUUGAGAAACGCAAACUGUUUAAAGAAGGUGUUUAAGUACCUGUCAUCUUAUAUUCGACUGAAGUUGGAGAAGAAGAAGAGAUCUGAAGAAGCUGGGGAAGACGAAGAAUUCUCUGAAGUGGUUGAGAAAAUCAAUGGAGAAGAAACUGGUAGAAAGAGAGUUGGCAAAAUGCAGAGGAUGAAGAAAGAGAAAGUGAGCGAUGUUGACUCAAGCGAGCUACAAGCUAUUCCAAGUGAGAAACCCAAAGUAAAAAAGGUUGAAUCGGAGAAGAAGAUGCAGAAGAGUAAAAGGAAGACAGAAGAUAUAAAUAGCUCACCAGUUGAUGUUAACGUCAAUAAGAAGAAAAUUCAGAAGAAGAGAAAAUCAAAAGGAGACAACAUUGAUACAAACGAGCAUUCGCAAAUUACUCCGGAAGCUAUUUCGAAUGAGAAAAUCAAAGGAAAAAAGGGAAAAUUGAACAAGACGAAGAAGAAAAGGAAGGCCGAGGAAAUAUCUAGUGGCCCUGUUGAUGAGGACGAUGAUCAUCUGAGGCAAGAAGAUGAUGGCGACAAGAGUUCCAUUGAAGCUGUGAAUGCUGAUAAUGGAACUGCGAUAAGAAACCGCAAGUCUAAGAAAUCAAAGAAGAAUAAAAAGAUGAAUUUGACCACGGCCAAAGAGAAUGAAAGGUCUUCGGAAAAGAUGAACGAAAUUGAAGAGGAGGAAGAUGUUUAUCAAAUUUCUUCAGGCGAUGAGGAUUGCUCCAGAGGAAUGAAAAAGUGGCUUACUGAUUACUCUGAGAGUAGACCUGGUUUAGACGAGCUGCAAACGAGAAUCGAUGACUUCAUGACUGCUCACGAAGAACGCCUUGAACAGGAGAAACAAAACCGAGAAGCUAAAGCUGCAGAAGGUGGAUGGACAGUGGUCGUGCAUCACAAAGGAAGGAAAAAGACAACAGAGGCCGAAUCUGGAAUAGCCGUUGGAUCUGUUUCUCAGGCUGCUUUGGAGGAUAAGGUAGCCAAGAAGAAACAGAGCGAGCCUGUCGCUCAUGGUUUCUACCGUUUCCAAAGGCGAGAAGCACAACGCAGUGAACUCUUGGCGCUUCAGAGUAAGUUCGAGCAAGACAAGAAAAGGAUACAACAACUUCGAGCUGCUCGUAAGUUUAAGCCUUACUAA